AUGUCAAACGCUUCAGAUUUUAUUAAAGAGGAGUAUCCCAUCGAUCCGUUAGAGAACACCGACAACUUCAAUAUCAUCCAAUUUCUUGGUGAAGUUGAUUUUGAGUCGCCGCCAACCGACGGUUCGCUAGUUAGUCCGACAUCGUCCGACGCUAGCGGAAUGCAGCAAGUCAUCGCUGAUCCAAGGCACGGUUAUCAGAACCGCCGCCUUCCCGAAUCGCCGCCGAUGACAGACAUCUGCGGAAAUGCGUCGUCGGCGAGUUCGUCGUCGCAUCACUCGGAUCCGAUGUUCUCGCCGAACGAAUUUAAUGGCUACUCGGGUGUAAACAACAAUGGAAUGAUUCUUGGGGUUCACGAGCUUCACAACAACAUCAUCCAAGAUCAGGCGAUUCAGCAGAGUGCGCCGAGAAGCAACUCGACGCAGAACUCGUCACAGCAGCAGCAGCAGCCGAACUUUUGGCAGAAUGAGAACCAAUCGGGCCAGCAGCAGCCACAGCAGCAACCGCAAGGCCUUCAGCAGCGCAAUGAGAACUACCCGACGAUGGACAGCAUUUACAACAUGCUUCAAGCGUCCAAUGAGGGUGGCCUUGCGAGCCCGAUCGUCGACGAGCCGACGAGCCGCAAGCGAUCGCGACUCGACACGCCGUGCGAGACGCCGGCUCUGAUGCAGGCGCUCGCCGGCCUGCCGGCCAACUCGUUCAGCGGCGACGAGAACUACAAUCAUCAGCAGGCGAUCAAGUUCUCCAAAUUCCAAGAGGACCAAUGGAAUGCGCUGUUCGACGCCAACGGCCGCCGAUUGCAGCAAUUGCAAGUGCACGUUGUCGCUGAUAAGGGCUUCAAUUUUUCGACGAUUGAUAAUUGUUUUGUCAAUCAGAAGAAGAACCAUUUUCAGAUUUCGGUUCAUGUCGAGGCCAGCGAUUCGAUGCCGCCGAAAUUCGUCGCCUACAACGGCAAUCUUGUGCCGAUUCGCGACUUCAAGCUAGCGUUUUGCGGAGUGAAAGCCGAGAUGCCGACGUCGGAGAUUUGCAUUCGACAAUCGCGCGCCGAUCGCCGCCCGCAUCCCCACACGCCGGUGCUGUUCGAGAUUCAAGAGCGACGAAUGACGAAGGUCACCGUGCCGCGCCUUCAUUUCUCCGAGACGACGUUGAACAAUCAACGCAAGAACUAUCGUCCGAAUCCCGAGCAAAAGUACUUUUUGCUCGUCGCGCGCCUCUUCGCCACCGUCAACGACGACGUCUCGGUGCUCAUUCAAUCAUACGCUUCCGAAAAGGUUGUCGUGCGCGCCACCAAUCCGGGAUCGUUCGAGCCGCCCGAGUCGGCUGUUGGAUGGCAACGCAAUGAGAACGCGCUCUACACACACGGUCCGGUGUCGAUUGGAACCGAACGACAAGCUGGCAAGUUGACCGUCGACGGCGACAUCUAUCUCACCGGACGCGUCAUCAAUCCGUCGGAUAUUCGAUUCAAGGAGGGAAUCGCCGAGAAGGAAGCGCGCGAAGCGUUGGAGAAUAUGUGCAAACUUCGCGUCGUCGAUUAUUUCUUCAAGCCCGAAGUCGCCGAGAAGUGGGGUCUCACCGAGGAGCAGCGUCGACGCACCGGACUCAUCGCCCAAGAGUUGGCCACCGUGCUGCCGGACGCCGUCAGAGACCUCGGCGAUUAUUUCGCCAUCGACGAAUCGCGUGUGUUCUAUGAGACGGUGUUGGCGACACAGGAGCUGUGCCGGCUCACCGGCGAUCUCGACUCGAAGAUUGAUGAGAAGGUCGAGGAGAUUAGUAAGCGGCUCGCUGAAUAUGCGCACCGCAAGAAGCUCGCCAGCUCGAUGGGCUCGAAUCUCAAUCAUGACGGUCGUUCGUACUCGAACUACUCGCUCGCCUCAUCGGCGACGACACUGACGAAUCACAAUAAGAAGGCGAGGAGGCAUCGACGACAGAGGGCUCCGCCGCCGGAGAUUCAGCCGAUGUGCACCUCAAGGGUCACGCAAGGCACGAUUGUGUCGCUCGUCGGCAUCAUGGCGAUUUGCCUUCUCGCCAUGUCGGCGUUGUACGUUCUUGAUUGGCACAAUCGCAACUAUGGAUACAAUCAGAAUGCGCUUCCGAAUCUUUCCAACAGCAAAGGCGAACCAGCGAAUCUUGUCGUGUCACCAAUGCAAUUCAUGCCCACCUAUCAGCCCGACGCUCCGCCGUUAAUGGAGCACUGCUUCACACCCACAUGUCGUUCCUAUUGUUGCGGAGAGCCGACGGGCGGCGGCGACAGUACAAUGCAUGAGGAUAUGAAUAAGACAACCGGCAUCGGACGAGCUCCGCAAUUCAGCACGAGAAGCUUCGGAACCGGCGUGACGAUAUUGAUUCCCGAAUUGAACAUCACACUCGAUCAGCGUUAUUGCAUUGAGAGAUCGUGCAAUAUUCGAAAAGGGAUAUUCAAUCUCUUCAUUCCGAUGUCAAGAUUCAUGCCCGACAAUGCGUUGGAGAUUGAGAUCAAUGUGCCAAAAGACAAAGCCGUUAAUAAUUGCGGACAACUGCCGGAUUUCAAUCACAAGACGUGCGGAUCAUCGUCAUACAAUCCGAAUGAUCUUCCAAUAAGCGAGCAGCUUGGAGUGAACAGCUACGAGUUGUCCGUCGGACGAUUUGUGCAAUCGGCCUAUCGGUUCCGAAUCGGGCCGACCACCGAAGCCUGCGAGAUGUCCGACGCCGAUGGUCUUAAUGGAAGCUUCGAGGAAUAUAACUUGAUUUUCUAUCGAGUCUGCACCCCAUAUAAUUCAACCGCUAUCACCCCAUAA